ACGAAUCCCACAGAGAAACCUUCCCAAGAUCAGCAUGCCUGAAGUACUCGGUUUUGCCAAAUAUACAAUGAUAGGGGGCGGAAUCUGGCGAGCUCCGUUUUCCAAGAACCCUCUCGUCAGGAAAACUUACUCCGUGUACUCCGUAGCAGCACAGAUGUAUUUCCUCACGUUUACCCUUCUGUUCUGUACAAAGGUGAUAGUUAUAAUCCGAGAGAAAAUAGCUGCAGAUAUUUUGUUCCGCGUUCUUUCCUACACCUUAUCGUUGAUCAUAGCCCAAGCCAAGUCCUUGAUUUGCCAGACGCGCCGCGUGAAGCAGAUUUUCACUUAUAUCUUGGAGGAGGAAACUAAGAUCGUUGGCUGCGGCGAUGACGAAGUCCUCGACAGAUACGCCAGGCGUGUUAAAGUCGGCAACCACAUCAACUUGGCGAUAUUCUCGUUCACGUCUGCGCUGGGGCUAGGUGCUAUCGCAGAAAACAUCCAGAACCGCUUAGAGAUCGGAGCGUACAAUCUCGCGCACAAUGAGACUUUGAGGAAGCCGUUCUUAUACGAAUUUUACUACGGCCAGUUAGAUACCGAGGAAAACAGCACGGCGUUGAUGUGGCUCAACUACUGUACCGUCGUCAUAGCAGCCAUCGUCUGCAUAUCGACCCAGAUCAUUUUUCUGUCUUCGAUUGUAUUCGUAGCAUCCGUUUUCGAGACGUUGCAAAUUAGGUUCGGUAAGUUGGUGGACGCGAGCAAAGAUACCGUGGCUACUUUGAAAAGUCUGGUGGUGCAACACCAGAGGGCCAUAAGGUUCGUGGAGGAGCUCAACGACGCGAUGAAAUACCUCAUGCUGAUGGAAUACGUGUUGGCAUCGUUCAACAUCGCGUCCGUUUUGAUCGAAUUCAUUACGGAGAAAGAGCUGACCGCCAUGUUCUUGUUCGGAAGGUCGUGCUACUCUGCCUGGUUGAUUACCAACAUAUUCGCCUUGGGCUGGACAUCAAACGAAAUUAGAGUGCAGAGCGCGCAAGUGGCGAACUCAAUUUUCGAGACCCGUUGGUACGAGCAGUCGGAGGAAGCGAAACGCAUUUUGUUCAUAAUGCUGAUGCGGUCCCAGAAGCCGAUGGUGCUAUCUAAGGGACCUUUCGGAGACAUGACGAUUGAGACAUCCUUGACGAUGAUGAAAGCGGCUUACUCGUACGUCUCUCUGAUGUCGCAGGAGUACAAAUAGAUGAAUCAUCUCGACGCGGCGUUUACCUAGUCUUUCCGAUUUGAACGUUCUGAUCACUAGAGUAGAAUAAAAAUUUAAAAAUUUAUAAAAAAUAUACUUGCGGAAUCUCUGGUUUUAUUUAUCUAUUGUUAAUUCUUGACUUGAACUAAAAGCGACGUCAAAAAUACUUUACCAAAA